UAUGGACCUUCUGAAAGAUCCUGUCAAUGAUCGAUAUGUGAAAACUUUGAAGCCUCCACCUCAUCGUCCAUUGUCACGGAAUUUAAUGUUUCCAGAUAAAUUGAAAAGUAAUCAAAACAUUAACAAUAGACAAACCUGAUUGGAAAUUGUUACGUGAUCAUUUAUAAAAAGAAGGUAGAAUUGCAAAAGAAGAUCUAUUUAAAUUAGUUGCCGAUUGUAAUAAAUUAUUGAGUAUAAAUUUAUUGUUAUUAUUAGAAAAUGAAGGGAAUGUAAUAUAUUUGUAAGAUCCACUAACUGUUGUAGGUGAUAUUCAUGGGUAAUAAUUUGAAAUUCAAUCUUAGUUAAUAUUAUGACUUAUUGAAAUUGUUAGAGCCUAAAGUGGGAGGAAAUCCUGAAAAUACAAAGUAAAUUUGAAAAAUAUUAAAAAUAAUAGAUAUCUCUUUUUAGGAGAUUUUGUAGAUAGAGGUUCAUACUCAAUAGAAGUAAUAAUAUUGAUGUAUGCAAUAAAAUUGAAUUUCCAAAAUUCAGUAUAUUUUUUAAGAGGAAAUCACGAAUGUAGAUAAUUGACAGCAUUUUUCAAUUUUAAAGAAGAAUGUUUAUAUAAAUAUGAUUAAGAGACUUAUGAGAUGUUGAUGGAUUCAUUUGACUUAUUUCCAUUGGCAUGCAUAAUAAACUCUAAAUUUAUUGCAAUUCAUGGUGGAAUAUCUCCUGAUUUAAAAUCAAUAGAAGAUAUCAAAAAGAUAGAAAGAUAUCAUGAACCUCCUAGAUAAGGAUUAUUUUGUGAUUUGUUAUGGAGUGAUCCAGUUGAUUAAGAAUAGGGUUAUUUAGAUACUGCAUGGAAAUCAAAUGAAGUAAGAGGAUGCAGUUGGUUUUUUGGUGGAGAUUCAGCAAAUAAGUUUUUAUAAAGGAAUAAUUUAAUUUCUAUUAUCAGAGCUCAUGAAGUAAAAUUAAUUAAUAAUAUAAGGCUUAAUUGGAUGGAUAUAAAAUGCAUAGAUGGAAUGGUGGUUAAGACUUUCCAGUUGUAAUUACUAUUUUUAGUGCUCCAAAUUAUUGUGAUGUCUAUAAUAACAGAGGAGCAGUCAUCAAAUUUGAAAAUAAUACUUUGAAUAUUCAGUAAUAUUAAUAUACACCUCAUCCAUAUUUAUUACCAAACUUUAUGGAUAUUUUUACAUGGUCAAUUCCAUUUGUGGCUGAAAAAAGUAAUAUCAUAUUAUAAUAUAAUUUUAGUAACUGAAAUGUUAUAUCAUAUAUUAUAAACUGAUAUUUAGGGAGAGGAUGAUGAAUAAAUUAGUGAAUCAGAUAUAUAGUAAUUUAAAUAAUUGACCAAAUAGGCUGGUUUAUAAAAAUAAUCAACAACAGGUAGUUCAUAAGGAGCAUAAAAAAGUAAAUUAUUUAUAUAUAUAUUAUAAAUAGACACUGAAAAAUUGAAGAAUAAAAUCAAAUUUGUAUCUACUAUGAUGAAAAUGUAAAGAACACUUAGAGAAGAGAGAGAAAGUAUAAUAUAAUUAAAAGGUGCUUGUCCAGAUAAAAGAUUACCUAGAGGUAUACUAAUGAAGGGAAAAGAUGCAAUUAAUGAUUGUAAAAUUGUAAAUUAAUUGUUAGAGCUUGCUGAUUUUACUACAGCCAAAAGUGUAGAUCUAAUUAAUGAAAAAAUGCCUUAUGCUCAAAUACCAUAAGAAUCCAUUUAAAUAAAAAAACCAUCAACCUAGAGGAAAAAAUGAUUU